CGGCCUCGGGACAGAGGAGGAGGAGGAGGAGGAGGAGGAGGAUGGGCUCCGUCCCUCGAGCGCUCCAUGUGCUGCUCAGGACAGACGCGCUCACCCUCACCGGACGGGAAUGAAGGAGCAAACUCUGGGCUGCCAAGUUGGGAAGGGGGGAUUUAAUCUUUGGAGCAAAUGAAGAGACUCUGAGGAGAUUCCUCUUUGCUGUCGACUGCCCUGGGGAGGAGUUUUCAGCAUGCAGCAGCAAGGCGGGCACGGGGAGGAGGAUGAAGAGCUGGAGGCUCCGGAGGCUCGGACAGCCGGGAAGAGCCAAGGCAGCGCAGCAGCAGCCCGAGGGUGGGCGUGGGGAGUGGUGUUUCACUUCUUCCUGGUCAAUGUGCUGGUGAUGGGGAUGCUCAAGACCUUUGGGAUUUUCUUUGUGGCUUUCCGAGAGGAGAUGGGGGGAUCUUCCGAGCAGCUCAGCUGGAUUGGCUCCAUCAUGUCCUCCCUGCGCUUCCUCGGAGCCCCACUGGUGGCCGUGGUGUGCCGGCGCCUGGGAGAGCGGCCAACCUCGCUGCUGGGGGCCGCGCUGGCGGCCGGGGGCUGCCUGCUCAGCACCCAGGCCAGCAGCGUCCCCUUCCUCUGCUUCUCCAUGGGCUUCCUCCCGGGGAUGGGCUUUGCCUGCCUGUACCAGGCGGCCGCGGUGAUGACGGCGAAGCGGUGCCGGGCGCGCCUGGCGCUGUCCAACGCCCUGGCCCGCUCGGGGAUGGGGCUGACCUUCCUGAUGGCUCCCUUCACACAGCUCCUCAUCGAGCUCUACGCCUGGCAAGGUACUCUCCUGAUUUUUGGAGGCAUCAUGUUGAACCUGGUGCCUUCCAGCAUGCUGCUGUGGCCCGAAAAUCCACACCGUGGGUCUGCAAAGAAGGAUCCAGAAACUGCUGGUGCAUGUUUGGAUGGAAGCUCUCACAGGGAAUCAGAACCUCACCAUGGACAGGAGGAUCCCACCACAGAGAGACUCGUGGUGCCCCAUGGCAGAGAUGUCUCUGACCCAGCAAACGCCUUGGGAAGGCUCCAGAAACCCGCCCUGGAGAGCUCCUCCCCAGAAACAUCCACCAGGGCCAAGGGAAGCCACAAAAAGGAACCUUCUGAGCCUCUCCUGGACUUCUCCCCACUGAAGGACCCCGUCUUCUUCAUCUUCACCUGGUCUUUCCUGUUCAGCCACUUGGCCUAUUUUGUGCCCUUCUUCCACCUGGUGGCCCGAGCCAGGACGCUGGGCAUGAGCAGCAGGGACGGCUCGUACCUGAUCGCCGUGGCUGGCAUCACGGAGAUGCUGAGCCAGCUGCUCUCGGGCUGGCUGGCCGACCACAACUGGACCAAGAAGUACCAUUUCCAUGUCACCUACCUGCUCCUCUGCGGGGCCACCAACCUGCUGGGGCCGCUGGCCACCACCUUCCCCCUGCUGCUCACCUACACCGUGGCCUUCGCCGUCUUCUGCGGGGGCUUCAUGGCCCUGGUGCUGCCCGUGCUGGUGAGUCCAGAACCGGCAGAAACGCACCGGAGCUGCUGCAGGUCCUGCUCAGGGCACACAGAGGCUCCCGGGGCUGGGAGGGCUCAGCCUGGAAGGGAAAAGGCUCCAGGGAGAGCUCAGAGCUCCUUCCAGGGAUUAAAGGGGGUCCAGGAGAGCUGGAGAGGGGGAAGGGAGGGAGGGAGAGGACACAGGGAAUGGCUUCCACUGGCAGAGGACAGGGUUAGGUGGGAUGUUGGGAAGGAAUUCUCCCUUUGAGGGUGGGCAGGCCCUGGCACAGGGUGCCCAGAGCAGCUCUGGCUGCCUCUGCAUACCUGGAAUAUUCAAGGCCAGGUUGGACGGGGCUUGGAGAACCUGGAAUGAUGGAAGGUGUCCCUGCCAUGGCUUGGGCUUUGAGCUCCCUUCCAACUCAAACCAUUCCAGGAUUCUCUGAUCCAGGUAGGGAGGCACCAUUAUAAUUUGGCAUUAUUUCUGGAAGGCAGUCAGAGUUUAAAACUCCUUCCUCAAAGUCUGGGCAGCUGGAAGGCAGAAAAGAAUCUCCCAUCCCAGUAAUUCCCACACCUGCCUGAAGGAGGUGAACAGAUCCCAGGCUGGAUCAGACAUCCAGGGGCAAA